ACCGCCGUCGCUGAUGGACGUUAGAGAGGGAGCGCCUCGCCGCGGAACAGUCGCCUGCGCGCCCUCGUCGGACCCGCGGCUCCUGCACUGUGUCCCCGCUCGGCCCUGCGCUAGCUGCUCGCCCGCGCGCGCCGGCGCCCUCUCGGUUCCUGGGCACAUUUCCACGCUAUACCAGCUCCGCAGCCCGAGCCCGGGCGCCAGUGCUCGCUUCCGCUCCGGGUCGCUGCGCCCACCCGACGCGCCCAGGAGGACCCCGCAGCCCUGUUUUGGAUCGUCCCCCAAGGCUUAACCCCUACGCUUCGCUUGGAUUUCUCGGCCGCCUUCGCUCGGGUGGCGACUUCCUCUCCGCGCCCCCUCCCCCUCGCCAUGAAGAAGCCCAUUGGAAUAUUAAGGCCGGGAGUGGCUUUGGGGACCGCUGGAGGUGCCAUGUCUUCCAAGUUCUUCCUAAUGGCUUUGGCCACAUUUUUCUCCUUCGCCCAGGUUGUAAUAGAAGCUAAUUCUUGGUGGUCUCUAGGUAUGAAUAACCCUGUUCAGAUGUCAGAAGUAUAUAUCAUAGGUGCACAGCCUCUCUGCAGCCAACUGGCAGGCCUUUCUCAAGGACAGAAGAAGCUCUGCCACUUGUAUCAGGACCACAUGCAGUACAUUGGAGAAGGUGCGAAGACAGGCAUCAAGGAAUGCCAGUACCAGUUCCGGCAUCGGAGGUGGAACUGCAGCACAGUGGACAACACUUCUGUCUUUGGCAGGGUGAUGCAAAUAGGCAGCCGAGAGACGGCCUUCACGUACGCGGUGAGCGCAGCUGGGGUGGUGAAUGCUAUGAGCCGAGCAUGCCGGGAGGGCGAGUUGUCAACCUGUGGCUGCAGCCGCGCUGCACGCCCCAAGGACCUGCCUCGGGACUGGCUGUGGGGCGGCUGCGGGGACAACAUCGACUAUGGCUACCGCUUCGCCAAGGAAUUUGUGGACGCACGAGAAAGGGAACGAAUCCACGCCAAGGGCUCCUAUGAGAGCGCACGCAUCCUCAUGAAUUUGCACAACAAUGAAGCAGGCCGCAGGACAGUAUACAACCUGGCAGAUGUAGCCUGUAAGUGCCAUGGAGUGUCUGGCUCAUGUAGCCUCAAGACAUGCUGGCUGCAGCUGGCGGACUUCCGAAAGGUGGGCGAUGCCCUCAAGGAGAAGUAUGAUAGCGCAGCGGCCAUGAGGCUCAACAGCCGGGGCAAGCUGGUACAGGUCAACAGCCGCUUCAACUCCCCGACCACGCAGGACCUGGUCUACAUCGACCCAAGUCCGGACUACUGUGUGCGCAACGAGAGCACUGGCUCGCUGGGCACGCAGGGACGCCUGUGCAACAAGACCUCAGAGGGGAUGGACGGCUGCGAGCUCAUGUGCUGUGGGCGUGGCUAUGACCAAUUUAAGACGGUGCAGACAGAACGCUGUCAUUGCAAGUUUCACUGGUGCUGCUAUGUCAAAUGCAAGAAGUGCACGGAGAUUGUGGAUCAGUUCGUGUGCAAAUAGUGGUGUGCCUGCCCAUCACCCAGUCCCACUCCCAGGACCCACUUAUUUAUAGAAAGUACAGUGCUUCUGGUUCUUUUUAUUUCUCCCUGAGAAUUGCAGCUGGAACCAUGUGUUGUUGGGUUUUUUCUCCUCUUUCUGUUACCAUCUAAGAACUCUGUGGUUUAUUAUUAAUAUUAUAAUUAAUAUUUGGCAAUAGCGGGGGAAACUAAGAAAAAUAUUUAUUUUGAGGAUCUUUGCAAAGUUAGUAUAAAACUUCUUUCUGCUGAUGCUACAUGAUAAAGUGGAAAUAACAUGCAUUCAAACUUAGCUGUGCAGUUGGGGUCCACAUCUAGAAGGCGUAGGAACUAUUUUCUCCUCAAACAGAGAGUCCUUUGAGAUGGUUGGUAUCCAGGUGAAAGAGGUGGUACAAAGCUAUGACCUGUGACCAAAAUGAAUUACAGGUGCUCUGGUACAAAAGAUCUUAAAUAUAGAUAUAUGCCAAAAAUACAGAAUAUGAGAUACUCUCUACUUCAGAGGUUCUAGAAUGAACUUAUAGAAGGUAGGAGCAAGAAUCUCAUAUCUUCAUAAACAGGCAUAUCAUGUAUGUUAUAACAUCCCAUCUACAGAUAACUCCAUGCAAGGAUGGGCCUUUUUCUAACAGUUCAUGAAACUUGGGGAGCUGGUAGACUGGGGGAGGGAAGUCCCUAGAAAUUAGAAAACUUGAAAUUCUCUACAUUGAGACCACAAUCUUAUGGUGUUAGCCCAGCUGAUUCUGAAUACCAGACUUUAUGUCCAUGAAGGGAUUUUUGACUAAAAAAAAAAAAUCUUGUUAAGAAAAUCUUAUUUUCUUAUGAAAAAUUACCCAUAUAUCCCCCUUUGCAACUCCCCACCCACACAGGCAACAAGAAAAUCCCAUGUAGUUGAGCACUGAAGAAGGCCAGGACACCUCUGAGGAGAUACAGGGGCAGCCAUCUUCCUCUAUGACCCCAAGCCCUCUCUGGAUUCUCUGCUGGCCUUGCUUCCAAAUGGCAGUGCUGGUGGCUGCUCGGCACUGGUAGGGCAGAAAAUGUACAUGAGGAGCGAUGCUCAAACCCAGCUACUUAGGGAUUGUUCUCUAAGGCUUUUCUUUGGAGGUAUGGUAACUUGGUGUGUUUUGCUGGUAUCAUUGGCCCAAGGAGUCUACAGAGGUGUUGCCGCUGUUUGGUUGUUGUACUCCUGUGUUUAGACCUUCCAUUUGUGCUUUGCCUAGUAUCGUGCAGGUGUACCCUAAAACUGUUUCUAGUGUACUUGAACAGUUGCAUUUAUAAGGGGGGUGUGGUUUAAUGGUGCCUGAUAUCUCAGUUUUUUGUAUAUAACAUAUAUAUAAAUAUACAUAUAUAAAUAUAGAUAUAAUUAUAUCUCAGUGCAGUCUGGGAUUUAGAUUUACAGUUUGCUCUGGGCUUGUUCUAUGCCAGAAGUAUUGUCUUUCAUUGCAGUCCAACUGGGAUUUCUUUUUUUUCCAAAAUUUUUGAGUCUUGACAUUGGCCUGUGACAGGAUCCUACCACGAACACCAGGAAGCAAGCUAAGACUCUGAAGAAGUGCUCAGGGCUCCUGUCCUGAAUGGAUGUUGGUUAGAAAGUAGCCUUUCUGCUUCCUGCCCAGGGCCAGUUUUCCACCCUCUCUUUGGUGUUCUUUGUGGGGAGGGCACUGUGGUUUGCCAUAGUCCUGGACUUUGACAGGCUCCCAGAGCCCAGGAUCACCAGCCUCCUCUCUAUUUGCUUAACUCCCUUCCCAGGAAGGUCUUGUGUCUGUCCCAUCUGACAGGACAGAUCUGAGUUCCCAAAGCAAACCAGCUCACCACAUAGAUAGCUAGUUUAAACAAUGUUUUAAAAUAAGAGCACCUCUGUUUCAAAAGUGACACCUGCUGUGUUGUUUUCGAGGCCCAAUACUCUUUUUCAAGGUUUGAAAAGAUGUAUGUAUCCAUUCUUGGGCUUGGUAGCCUUCUGGUCACCUCAGUCCUGUGGCUCUUAACUUAUUGCCCAACAGUGCUCGUUUCCCCUCAGCUACAGUGAAUUGCAAGCAAAAGAUCUUGAAAUGAGAAAAAGCACUAAUUUAGUUUAAAAUGUCACUUUUUGGUUUUUAUUCUACAAAAACCAUGAAGUAUUCUUUCUCUCUUUCUUUUUUGUUAAAUCAGAUUAUGUUUUUUUUAUGAUUCAUGUUUAUGAGCAGAGUGGAGUUUAACAAUCCUAGCUUUAAAAUAAAAAACUAUUUAAUGUAAGAUAUUCUCCGCAUCAUUCAGAUAUUUUGUAUAUCCCCCAUGGUCUUUAUUCUGUACUUUUAAUGUACAUAUUUCUGUCUUGUGUGAUUUGUAUAUUUCACUGGUUAAAAAAAACAUUGAAAGGCUUAUGCCAAUGGAAGAUAGAAUAUAAAAUAAAAUGUUACUUGUAUAUUGGUAAGAGGUUUCAGUUGUCCUUCAGCUAAUUCAUGUAGAGAAAUAUUUUUAGUUGAAGCCACAAGAGACAGCUUAGGGCAGUUAUGUGAGUUAUGUGUUCAAAUAACAGAAUAGUGGACUUUUUUUUCUUUCUUUCUUUCUUUCUUUCUUUUUUUUUACCAAAACCAAACUGUUGGGAAACCUCAAUAGAGCUCUAUAUGUAUUGGAGCAAAAGUGGAAUUCUCUUCUCCUAUAUAUGUUCCUUCAAAAAGAGAGAAAGAAUCAAGCAGAUGGCUCGAAGCUGGUCACAGGACUGCUCACAUUCUUUUGGCAUUAUGCAUGCGACUUAAUUGUUUUAGAGUGUGUUGCUAUUGUAACAUCCCAGAGAUGAACCAAAAAGACUCACGCUCUCACCCAUGAGCAGCUUUUCAGCUUAUACACACAUGCAUGUACAUGUGUGCACGCAUAUCUGUAUGUUUUCUUGUGCUUGCCACUACAAGCUUUGUGCCUCUCUAUUCAGGUUGACCAGGUAUCUUUUGGGGCAUCUCUAUGUCCCAUUUGAGGGCAGUCUUUAUGGAAAAAAGCAAGGGUCUGCAGAGAACAGAAACUAAAGAUUCCUUGUGUGGUGUGCAAUUAAUAGAAGGCCUCCUGCUUUCUGGAAAUGUAGACCAGAACCUGGUUAGGACUAUAGACUGAUAAAUUAGCUAGUCCUUUGCCUUUUUCUCCACCACACUCCCCACUCCCCUUUCUUUCCGGAUAACCUUGUAACAUAUUGAAACCUUUAAAGGAAACCAAGAAAGCAUUAUUACACACACACACACACACACACACACACACUACAGUAGACCAACAUAUAGAGUGUUUAAAAUAGCAUUUCUGGGCAAAUUCAAAUGCUUGUGGCUCUAGGACGCACAUCUGUUUCCGUUUUUCUUCAGUUGUAUAUUGACCAGUGUUCCUUAUUGCUAAAACAUAUACUUGGUGAAGCAAUGUCAGCAUCUUUUUCUUUCCCAUUCUGGAGAGCAUUCAAGACCUUCCCAGUACAGGAACAUCAAUGAAGCAUUUAUAUACAGGCAGUGGCAAACAGAACCAUGCUCAAAAUGGUCAGCGCUGGGCUCCAGGGGAAGGCUAGCUUGCUCCAGUCCUGUUUCUUUGUGCUCCUGACCUUGGGGGCUGCUGCUUCCCAGGACAACAGCUGCCUGCCUGCACUCUGUUUUUCGAGGAUUUUUUCCAAUACCCAGUUCCAAUGUGUCUUUUUUCUGCAACCUUAUUCAAGCCACUGGAACCUUCAGAUAGAGCCCGAGAGCAGGUUGCCACAACCUGUGGACAGGAGCUGUAUUAACUUGAUUGCUAGUAUGAAGUAGUAUUAACGUGAUCGCCAAUGAAAGGCACCUGCAAUAACUGUUUAGUCUGAAAUAUAGGUAGAGAGUGAGCGGGGAUGGCGAAGUUGCUUGUAACUUUUGGUACAUGUUUGAUGCACACAGGCAUGGAGGCAAGUGCUAAAUCGCUGCACUGUUAUUGUAAAGCAUACUUUAAAAAUAUUUAUUGUUUUGGAAAGCAUUUUCUAGUUUUCCCUCUCUUGGUGGAGCUGUAAACAAGAUGCCAUGUUGUGAAGGUUUAAGAUGAAAUUUCUUAAACUGCAGAAACAUUUAGAGACCUAAGAAUUAAAACUUAUAAAUGGGAUCUUCGAAUUUGCCUGUUAACAUGGAGUUUACACUUAAAUCUGAUGACUGGAUGGUCUUUUAUGUUAGGGAAAUACCUUGUUAGCGGAAUUUUAUAAAGCAGAUGUAAUUAAAGGUCGAUGGGAGCCGAUCUAAUAAUGACAGGAGAGACUUACAACUUAGACCAAUCUUUAUACAUUUUGCUGAGUUAGAAAGGAGAUAAAGAUUAUUUAUUUUUGUUCAUAU